UGCAUCACUCAUACUCACCAAGCAAACAAUUCCGAACACACACAUACACAUAGACACACCAAACACACCCUUUGUUAUUCCAUGGCAAGCAUGAAGGUUGCGUGCGUGGUUGCAGUGCUGUGCAUGGUUGUGGUGAGUGCACCCAUGGCACGUGCUGCCAUCACGUGCGGGCAAGUGACGGGAUCCUUAGCUCCGUGCAUAGGCUACCUUCAACGGGGUGGAAGCCCGCCGCCGGCAUGCUGCAGCGGAGUCAGGAGCCUCAACGCCGCCGCCAAGACCACCGCAGACCGCCAGGCUGCCUGCAACUGCUUGAAGCAAGCCGCCAGCGCCAUUUCUGGCUUCAAUGCCAACAACGCAGCUUCACUCCCAGGCAAAUGUGGCGUCAGAAUCCCCUACAAGAUCAGCACCAACACCAACUGCGCUACUAUCAAGGUUUGAAGAGGAAGUCACGGACGCAGGCUACUCACACUACUAUGAGGGUAUCCUUAAUAAUAUUGAGAAUAAGACCGAGGGCUCCACUUAUAUAUAGCCCUCUUGUACGAGAGAUUGUAUUGGAUAGCUUUUAAUUCUGUUGAGUUGUUAUUUCCUUGUAUGAGUCGCACUUAUAUAGUUAUCUACUUUAUUAUUGGGUUUCUCCCUA